AGACGAGGCCAACUUGUGGCCAAGCUCCGGGGCACGGCGGAGGAGCUCUGUUUCUGAUUUUUCUCGCCUUCCUUGGAGAUGCCUGUGCUUGGAAAGGAAGGCAGAACAUUGCAUCUUGGAACAAAUCUGCUUUUGAUCAUGCAAAUGAAUGCCUGGUUAAUGUAGGCAGACUGUCAAUUUCACCAGUUAGAAAGAGAAAGGAAAGGGGGGGAAAUUCCCCAUGACAGCGACUGAUGAAGAAUUUCAAUAGAAAGCUGCUACUUCAGAAAAUAAGAUCAUUUGCCGCGAAUGGAGAACAUCUCAGGCAGUCCUGAUGCCCCACCGGCUCCGGGGAUCUCCAACGGCCCCAGGGAGAGAGAAAGAAAUGGGAAACAGCAUGAAAUCCACGCCUGCGCCUGCCGAGAGGCCUCUGCCCAGCCAAGAGGGACUGGACAGCGACUUCCUCGCCGUGCUGAAUGACUACCCGUCUCCUGACAUCAGCCCCCCUAUAUUCCGCCGAGGGGAGAAACUGCGUGUGAUUUCUGAUGAAGGGGGCUGGUGGAAAGCUAUUUCUCUUAGCACUGGUCGAGAGAGUUACAUCCCUGGAAUAUGUGUGGCCAGAGUUUACCAUGGCUGGCUCUUUGAGGGCCUGGGCAGAGACAAGGCCGAGGAGCUGCUGCAGCUGCCAGACACGAAGGUUGGCUCCUUCAUGAUCAGAGAAAGUGAGACCAAGAAAGGGUUUUACUCGCUGUCGGUGAGACACAGGCAGGUAAAGCAUUACCGCAUUUUCCGCCUGCCCAACAACUGGUACUACAUUUCCCCGAGGCUCACCUUCCAGUGCCUGGAGGACCUGGUGAACCACUAUUCUGAAGUGGCUGAUGGCCUGUGCUGCGUGCUCACCACGCCCUGUCUGACACAAAGCACGGCUGCCCCAGCAGUAAGGACCUCCAGCUCACCUGUCACUUUGCGUCAGAAGACCGUGGACUGGAGGAGAGUGUCCAGACUGCAGGAGGACCGUGAGGGAACAGAAAACCCACUUGGGGUAGACGAGUCCCUUUUCAGCUAUGGCCUUCGAGAGAGCAUCGCCUCUUACCUGUCCCUGACCAGUGAGGACAACACCUCCUUCGAUCGAAAGAAGAAAAGUGUCUCCCUGAUGUACAGUGGCAGCAAGAGAAAAAGCUCCUUCUUCUCAUCGCCACCUUACUUUGAAGACUAGCCAAGAACAGACACAAUGGUUCAUGCCCUAAAGGAACAGAGGUUCCAACUAUUGCCUGGGAUCUUGCAAAAAGCAAGAUUCUCUGAUCCCCAGGAAACUCAUAUAUUUUAGGAGCCAAGAGAAGCCACAUGGAGGCUCAAAGCUGCAUCUUCUGUAUCCACAUCAUGACCACAGGAACUCUGGCCUGCUGUCAUCAGGGCUGUGGCAUCAUGAAACAUUGGGUCAUGACAUGUCAGGCAAUGCUUAGAAGAGCUCAGCAUGUAUCUAUGCACACAUUGUGUGUGGGGGACACAGGACAAAGCCACUCUCACAAGAAAGUGCACCAGGAUCAUUCCCCCAGGAACUGGACCUGUCCAGACAGCUACACUCCAUGGUCAUUGGAGAGAACUUCUGUAGCCAAGGCUGAGAGGGAGAGGAAACAAAAGCUAUGGCCUGGCAGAAGGUCUAGGUUUGGCGAUGCAUCCCCUGAAUGGAACUACUUUAACCAAUCCAUAGGGAUCUCUGAGAUGCUUUCCUCUCUUUUUAUAGGAACUCUGUGACACUAAACAUUAGCCCGAAAAACUUCUGAGCCUUCCAUUGGGAGAUACCUUGGGCCUGCUCCUGCACCAAAGCCAUGUGGGUGGAAGUCAGAUGGCCUCCCUGAUUCUGCAGAGGGCCAGAAGCAUGAGAGAGAGGAAGGCUGCUGGCAGGGAAAUCGAGGGGGCAAACCUAGAACUGCACCAGCUUUCCUGAUGUCUGCAGCCACGGCUUUGCAGUGCAGAGAGAGCUUCUCUGGAAUGUUGGGAUUCUUGCCUACAUUAAUGCAUCAACUAUUCAUUUAUUGCCUGAAGAGGCAUUGCAUUAACUCCUAUGUAAUGUGUCAUGUAGGCCAGAAAAAAAAAUUCAUAAGUCCCCAACCCCCAGUAGAGAUGUUCACAGUGUAGACAGGUUAAAAAGUGGUUAAAAAAUAAUAUGUAAAAAUAGAAAUCACUCAUGGCUUAGGAUGGAACUGGAGGCAGGUGAGGAACACUCAGGAGCUCACUUUCUGGCUGUUCUUCAGAGUGAAAGGGAUGGAUGGAUUGGGUAAGAAUAGCUGAAUUUUUAAAAAAGAAAUGGAGACAUUCUAAAGAAUGAAUUCAUCCAGUACUUUAUUCUAAGAAGGGUCUGGCAUCCAUAUGAGGAAAAAUGCUGAGCUCCAGGAAAGUGGGGAAUCCAAGUGGAUUAAUGAUGUCACGCAUAAUUUUAAGAGACAAGGGAGAAAACACAGUGUAUAGCCAGAGAAGGAGAAGCAGGGAUCUCCGGAGCUCCCAUCCAAAUCCUGUUAGGAGGAGAGUGGGCUGCAGAUGAGUCUAUGACUCAUGUUCCCUGUUUCAAAGGGAUCCUGGGGUAGAAGGGGCACAUGCUUUCAGUGUCUUUCCCUGCCUUCGAAGUCUGUCUGCUCACAUAAGCAUUCCGUCCAUCUGAGCUCAUUGUGCUAGUGGUAUGUAUAUGUGCAGUUUUUCUGUAUCAUAGAUUCCAGUGUGUUUAUACAAGGAGGCAUCUGUGGUUUCCCCAACAAUUCCAAAAGGCUAUUUCAAAAGAACCAGCCAACGUAUGAGAAAUGAAUGUAAUACUGUGGUCACUGACUUCCCGCAUAAGGCAGGGUGAGCCCUGAACUCCAGAUGUCUGCACAGCAUCUUAAGUAUUGUUUUCCAUUGUGACGAACGUGAUUGGAAUGUUGGGGAGCACCCAGAGGGAUUUCUAAGUGGGGAGCAUUACACUUCGCUAAAUCAUGUAUUUAUUCCUAAUUAAAAUAAACCUAAUAAAUAUUUAA